AGAGGCCAGCAGCAGGCACCUCCCACCAGUGACAGCAGAACACACAGUGCAGGGGAAGGAGAGACAGACAGACCGAGAGCCCAGCAGCCAUGGAGACACCUGCUCCACCAAGGAAAAGGAAACAUAAGGCUGAGGGUCAGGAACUCCCACCUCCAACGUCUUUAGCUGGUAGAGAGCUAGAUAAUGCCAUUUGUACCAUCUGUGAGGAGUAUUUAACAGACCCGGUGACUAUAGAGUGUGGGCACAACUUCUGCCUGGGCUGCAUCACCCGGCGCUGUGAGGGGGUGGAGACAGCCGCCUGUCCUCAGUGUGGAGAAAUGUUCCAGAAAAGAGCCUUCAGGCCCAACACGCUGCUGGGCAGCAUAAUACAGUCCAUCAAACAAGUGGAGUUAAAGCCAGAACAAAAGGGAAGGGAAGGGAAUAUCUGUGAGGAACACGGCAAAGAGCUCACAUGGUUCUGUAAGAAGGAUUCCAAAGCCCUUUGUGAGGAUUGCAAAGGAUCCCUGGCUCACUGCUCUCACGCUGUGAUUCCCAUGGGAAUGGCUGCCCACGAGUCCAAGGGGGAGGCAAGCACAUCAAGCAGGAGUGAAAAUGUGAAUGUUCAAGAACAGGAAACCAGUUCUACUCAACAGCAGGAACUCAGAGCCAUGGCCUCUGCCCAUCCUUUGAGGAAGCUACUGGAAGAAGUGGUUUGUCCCACAUGUCGGAGUUACUUCAAGGAUCCAGUGAGCAUAGACUGUGGACACAACUUCUGCCGAGUUUGUAUCACAGAGCACUAUGAAAAAAUGGAAAUGGAAACAGAGGAAGUUUUCUGUCCACAAUGCAGAAAAAAUAUCAAGAACGAGAAUUUCCAGACCAACAGGCAGCUUGCCAGAAUGGUGGAAAAUAUCCAGCAAUUAGGGAUAAAACCUGAAGACCCAAAAAAGCAGAUAAUCUGCAGGGAGCAUGAGGACAAACUCAAGCUGUUCUGUGAAGAUGAUGGUGAGGUGAUCUGUCUGGUUUGUGAUAACACCCAGGAGCACAGAUCUCACACGCUGGUGCCCACUGAGCAGGCUGUGCAGGAAUACAAGGUGAAACUCCACAAAGACAUUGAGCUUCUGAAGAAAGCAGUAGAGGAGAUUUCAAAGUUGGAAUCCAAGGAACAAAAGAAACCCAAUGACUGGAAGGAAAGAGUAAAGUGCCAGAGACAGCGAAUCUUGUCUGAAUUUGAGAAACUACAACUGCUUCUGAAUGAGGAAAAGGAACUCUUUCUCCAGAGACUGGCAGAGGAAGAGAGGGAGACUUUGAAGAAACUGAAUGAGAAUGUAACCAAACUCUCCCAGCAAAGCUCCUCUCUUCAGCAGCUGAUCUCAGAGAUCCAGGAGAAGUGUCUGCAACCGGCCAUGGAGCUGCUGAAGGAUGUAAAGGACACACUGAUCAGGAGUGAGCAGGUGAGACUGCAGAAACCAGAGCUCAAUGCUGCUGAACUGAAGGAUGCGUACGGAGUCCCUGGCAUGAUGGAAAUGCUGCGGGAAUUCACAGUGGAUGUGACUCUGGAUCCAGACACGGCAAAUCCCAACCUCGUCCUGUCUGAGGAUCGGAAACGUGUGAGACACAGAGACACAAGACAGGAUCUGCCCGACAACCCUGAAAGAUUUGAUCUUUGUCCCUGUGUCCUGGGCACUGAGGGAUUCACGGGCGGGAGGCAUUACUGGGAGGUGGAGGUGGGAGAUAAGACUGACUGGGACCUGGGAGUUUGUAGGGAAACUGUGAGCAGAAAAGGGAAGGUCACAGUCACACCUAGGAAUGGAUACUGGGCCAUAUGGCUGUGGAAUGGGGAAUACAAGGCCAACAACUCCCCCUCGACCCUCCUUCCCGUAAGCGUCAGGCCCAGCCGGGUGGGGAUUUUCCUGGACUAUGAGGCGGGCGAGGUCUCAUUUUACAAUGUGACUAACAAAUCCCAUCUGCUCACUAUCGCUGACACCUUCUCUGGGAUGCUCCGCCCUUAUUUCAGUCCCUAUCUCAACAAGGAGGGUAAAAACUCAGCUCCCCUGAUAAUCUGCCCGAUCCCCGCUCAGGCCAGAGGAAAUCUUAGUCCCUGCCAGUGACACCCACGGCAGACACUGUCCCCUCCCAGCGCUGACCAGCCCUCAGGCCUAUUGCCCUGGGGAUAUCUAAAGAGCAUCAUCUGCCUGCCUCCCACCAUCCCCUCACCUCUCAGUUCCCAGCCCCAGGCCUGUGAUCUGGGGGAGGGGAGGGGGCAGAGAAAGGAGUGGGGGGAGCAGGUUGCAGGGCAGAGGAGGGUGGGUGCAAUAUCAA